AAUGAAUUAACUUCCUAAAGCUUGAGUUUAUGAAUUUGUAGUUCAAAAUCCCUUUCAGCUAUGAAAGAAAUUGAAAGAAAGAGAUAACGAAACCUGCAAAGAUAAGAAGAGAUUCACAAAAAGUUAUUGUAGAAGCAUAAACAUGGCGGAGGCUGCCGUAAUGGGGAUGAUACAAUAUCUCGAGGGUUUGCAUGUUACAUGUCCAUAUACCUUCGAGCGUUGGAUUUUUGGAAUCAAAAUUCAACUGCUGGAAGAGAUGUUGGAUUUCAUGAGAGAGUUGAAAAUGGAAGAGAGGAGCAGGCUGAAAUAUUUAAUGGCCGACUUGGUCGAGCUGGCUCAAGAUGUUAUGGACGUGAGAAUUAGGUAUAACAGUGAUAUGGCGUUAAUGCUCAUCAAUGGUGACAUCAAGAUUACAAAGACACGGGUGAUAAACUUUGUAGCUGAUGAGAAAAAUAUUGGAGACGAAGAAGAAGCAGAAGAAGAAAUUGUGGUGGGGUUGGAGGAAAACGUGAAGCAGUUGCUUGACAAAGCGAUUUUGAACAAUUAUUCUAGCAAGCAGAUUUUGUGUAUAAAAGGCAUGAUUGGUAUCGGGAAGACAACUCUGGCCAGACAAGUGUACAAGGCCGGGGCUGGCCAGUUUCAGCGUCAUGCUUGGGUAAGCUAUUCUAGUAACAAAGAGAUGCUUAUGAAACUGAUACAGCAAAUGGUGGUUGGAUAUGAAAUACUUCCCUCAUUGGAAGAAAUGGACAACCGAAGUCUCCAAUCGUUGCUUCAGCAGCAUCUGCAAGGAUUGUCAUAUUUCAUAGUUUUGGACAAUGUGUCAACAGAAUCGCAAUUGGACUACAUCUUGAAAUAUCUUCCAUACCAAGCAGGCACUAGAAGCAGGUUGCUGGUAACAAGUCGCUACAAGUUUAGAAGAAUUGAUGUCAGUUAUACUCAUGAGAUGAAAUCUUUGGAUUCUGAUAAGAGCUGGCAAUUGUUUUUGAAAACAGUUGAUAAAAUUACAAGUGUUGAGAACAGAUUCUCAAAGAACUUGGAGAGGAAGGGCAGAGAGAUGUUAGAAAAAUGUUGGGGUUUUCCGAUGGCUAUAAUAGAUGUUGCAAGGCAAAAAGCAAAGCAAAGACUCUCGGGGAUUGAAUGGGAAGAACUUUUUGAUUCAAUUGAUUUGAGUGAAUCAUUGAAGUUAUUGGAACCGAUGUAUCAUCAAUUGGAGGAAGAUAUCAAGCCACAAUUCUUGCUUUUUUCCCUUUUCAAGGAAAAUGCAAUAAUGAGAGAAAAAAAGUUAGAACAGAUUUGGGCUGCAAAAGGAUUACAUUAUACUAGAAUUGCAUUGGAAUUUGCUGAACAAUCGAUUCUUGAGGUCGUAAAGCAGCACUAUGAGAAAAGGAAUUGUCGUCUCAAUCCUCCUCUAUUGCACAUGAUAUCAAUCAAAAAAGCAGAAGAGAAAAUGGGUUUAGAGAUCUUAAGGAGCAAUGGAAACAGUAGGCCCUCUCAGAAUGCCCGUCAUUGUGUUAUCCAUUGUGGCAGAGACAAGUUUAAUCAUUUCACUAAUGAAAAUAGCAAACAACUUAUUUCUCUCAUCUUCCAUGGAGGUGGUGGUUACUUAGACGAAGCUAGCUCGUCUUACUGGGAGAGUUUUGAAGUACUCAAGAUACUUGACAUGGAUGAUUUUGGGGUGAAGACUUUAUCAGAAACAAUCGGCGCAUUAAUUGAGUUAAGAUACUUGGGAUUGAGAAAUAACUACAUACAAGAGAUCCCACACUCGUUGGGGGGCUUGAAAAAGCUUGAGGCUCUUGAUAUAGCUCAGAACUUUAUGGUGGAGGUUCCGGAUAUUAUACAGGAAAUGGACGGUCUUCGUGAUCUCCACAUGUCUAAUGUGAUUUUUCGGAACCCUUUGAAAGUAGAUGCGCUGCAGAAGCUGGGGACUCUAGCAUACAUCUCGAUUUAUGAUUGGGCAUAUGAGGGCCCCGGCUUCGAAACAAUGUAUGGCUUCCGAACGUUGGGCAUUGAAGAAGUUGAUGAAAACUCGGAUAUAGGCACACUCUUUGCAACACUAGCUAAGUUUCCUUACUUUCGUCAUCUUUUCAUAAGAGGGUUUCGUUUUAGAAGCAUGCCGAGUUUGGAUGAAAUUGGUGUUUUACGAGGUCUCGAGACACUAAAACUGGAUGGGCGCAUUGGUAGGCUACCAAGUGCAGAUAACCUCCCUGAAUGGAUUAGGUACAUAGCAUUGGUAAAUACUUGUCUUGAUGAAGACCCCAUGCAAAUAAUGGGGAAUCUCCAUUCCCUAACCCACCUCAAACUUCGAAAUGCAUACAUUGGUCGAGAAAUGGUGAUCAAUUACUGGGCAUUUCCCAAGCUCGAAGUGCUUUGCAUCAGAGAGUUGUGGAAUCUUAGAAAGAUACAAGUUGAUGAUGAUGCAAAGCCUUUAGAUUUCCCUCCAACAAUGCGGAGUCUCCGGAAACUAGAAAUCAAUAACUGUCCACAGCUGGAGACACUCUCGGAUCAGAUUCAGUGGAUGCCUAAUCUGCAAGUGUUUAAAAUGGUAACAACCAAACACAUUGCAACAAAGAUCAGAAAUUCAGGUGUGACCUCCAAAAUUUUGGAGGAUGAUAUCAAUCCAUAAUUUGAAGUUGACAUAUUUUGUUAGUUGUGUGUGUUUUUUUCUUCUUUCAUUUUCCCUUUUUUGUAUUUGCAAAUAACUUGGUCUACAGGGUGCAAUGUCGUGUACCUCGCGAGCAGAGGCUGAAGUUCGUAUCUUGAAGAUUUUGUCUAUGAUUGUUUCCUUGAUUUAUCCUUUGUAUCUAAUAAAUUUCCAUGUAUCGAGUCGAGCAUAAUUAUAAGCUCCAUUCAGGGUUUUGUUUGUCGGUUCUUUCCCUGAAGGCAAAAGAGAGUCGAACCGCAUUUGUACAUAAGUAUAAAUAUAUUUAUUGUAUCCCAUAUCAAUUAUAAUUUGUGAAUUUCUUCUUC